AAAAACAUCGAUGAUUGUGAUUUUUUGAUAACAUCGAAGACGUCGAUGUUUUGCCAUUUCUACGAGAAAAAGCGGCGGUCACACUGCUUGAGCAUCAAUUGCGAAAACGAAACGAAUCGGAACAGAAAAGCCGAAACUGCGUUAGUUGUGAAGAUUGCAAUAUUGCAUUUGCGUUGCGAGCGGUUUGUCAGGACAAAUAGUAUAUUUCCACCAUGGAAGUCGACGAGGAUGGAUACGAGGUUCCCUCCAGCAGCAGCAAGGGCGAUAAGAAGCGCUUUGAGGUGAAGAAGUGGAACGCCGUGGCAUUGUGGGCCUGGGACAUCGUAGUGGACAACUGCGCCAUCUGCCGAAACCACAUCAUGGACUUGUGCAUUGAGUGCCAGGCGAACCAGGCGUCCGCUACUAGCGAGGAGUGCACCGUGGCCUGGGGCGUCUGCAACCACGCCUUCCAUUUCCACUGCAUCUCUCGCUGGCUAAAGACGCGCCAGGUGUGCCCACUGGACAACCGCGAGUGGGAUUUCCAGAAGUACGGCCACUAAAAUCUACAAAACACCCUAGACACCAGAUGGAGGGAGCAGCACUUCAGAUCAACUACUCCCGAGUAGCCUUACCAUCCCGCAAGCUAGAUGAUGGCGGCCUGCUUCAUCUGGACAUUAAUUCAUUUAAAUACCUUUUUAGAUCUUAAGCUAGUGGGGCGAGUCUCGUGAACUGCUGGCCUUCACAAGCACAGUUACCGAUUCCCGAGACUCCCCAGGAAGCGCACGUUUUUGUAACGCGUUAAAUAAAAGCUGUAGAUGAUGGAGAAGACCA